AUGUCACUACCCACCACUCUUUUCGCCGGAAUCCUCCCCCGGAACUCUGUACGCCGCUUUAUUUCAACGCAUUCACGACCAACAUUGCCCUCCAUUGAAUACCCACUCAGCCACCCAAUCUAUACCAUAUGGGCUGCCAACACUUCCUUAGGGAAAACCUUAGUCUCUGCUGGCCUUUCCACUUCUUUCCUUUCUUCCCCACACCGUAAAUUCCUCUACUUGAAGCCUGUCCAAACUGGGUUCCCCGAGGACUCAGAUUCCCGCUUCGUUUAUAAUAAGUAUUCUGAAUUUUUCUCCCAAAAUCGACCUGAAUUCUCUGUUUUUGCCUCGAAUCAUGUGCUCAAAGCAUCAGUUUCAGCUUCAGAAGCUGUUUCGGUAGGCGGGUUUGAAAUAGAAAGGGAUAAAGAUAUGAGCUGUGGGAAUGGGGUUGUGAAUUUGGGGUUGUAUGAGGAAAGUAAGUUGCAAGGGUCUGAGAUGAAGGGUUUUUCGAAGUUGGUUUGUAAGACAAUGUACGGGUGGAAAGAGGCGUUAUCGCCACAUUUAGUGGCGGAGAGGGAAAAUGCUAGAGUGGAGGAUGCUGAGUUGUUGGGGAUGUUGAAGGGUUGCUUAGGGAGUGAAUCAGAAAGUGAAAAAGGUGAAAUUUUGUGUGUUAUUGAGACUGCUGGUGGUGUUGCCAGUCCAGGACCAUCUGGUUCACUUCAAUGCGACUUGUAUAGACCUUUUCGCUUCCCAGCUAUUCUUGUUGGUGAUGGAAGGCUAGGGGGUAUUUCAGGAACUAUUUCAGCCUAUGAAAGUUUAACACUUCGAGGUUAUGAUGUUGUUGCUGUAAUAUUUGAAGACCAUGGCCUAGUUAAUGAGGGCCCAUUAUCAUCUUACUUACGGAGAAGGGUUCCUGUGCUUGUUCUUCCACCUAUACCAAAGGAGAUGUCAAAUAACCUGAUGGAGUGGUUCCAAGAAGCGCUGUCUACUUUUCAUUCUCUUGAAGAAAUAAUGCAGUCAAAUUUUCUGGAGAGAACAUCUAGAUUACGCAACAUGCCAAGGAAGGCACAUGAUAUUUUCUGGUGGCCCUUUACUCAACACAAACUUGUACCAGAAGAAAAUGUGACAGUUAUAGAUUCACGGUGUGGAGAAAACUUCGCGGUGCACAAGGUUAAUAAUAAUGUUGAUUUAAUCACUCAACAAUUUGAUGCAUGUGCAAGUUGGUGGACACAGGGACCUGAUGCUACUUUACAGAUUGAGCUUGCACGAGAUAUGGGUUAUGCUACUGCUAGAUAUGGGCAUGUUAUGUUUCCUGAAAAUGUUUACGAGCCGGCUUUGGAAUGUGCUGAACUUUUGCUUGAAGGCGUGGGAAAAGGGUGGGCAUCGAGAGUAUACUUUUCAGAUAAUGGCUCUACUGCAAUUGAAAUUGCUCUUAAAAUGGCACUACGGAAGUUCUUGUUUGAUCACAAGAUUGUCUCUGAUGAUUUGGUGGCUAAGAAUGCUGAAAGUCGUGUUGAUUUAAAGGUUUUAGCACUCAGAGGAUCUUACCACGGUGACACUUUGGGUGCUAUGGAAGCACAGGCGCCAUCACCUUAUACUGGUUUUUACCAGCAACCAUGGUAUAAGGGAAGAGGUCAUUUUUUAGAUCCACCGACAGUUGCCAUGCGUGAUGGUGUUUGGAAACUUAGCCUUCCUCAGGAGAUUGAAACUCUUAAACCCAGUCUUGAAGAUUUGACUUUCAGUUUGCGCGAGAAUAUUUUCAAGGAAAGCCGUGACACUUCAAAUCUUGCUGAUAUAUAUCACUCGUAUAUAUGGAAAACACUACAGCUAAUUAUUGACUCAAGCGGAUCUACUCGGACUGGAGCAUUGAUUAUAGAACCAGUGAUACAAGGUGCUGGAGGAAUGGAAAUGGUUGAUCCACUAUUUCAGAGAGUACUUGUUAAAGAAUGCCGAAAUCAAAAAAUUCCUGUUAUUUUCGAUGAGGUUUUUACAGGAUUCUGGCGUCUGGGAGCAGAGUCUGCUACGGAGUUUAUCCGCUGUAAGCCAGAUAUAGCCUGUUUUGCCAAGUUGAUGACUGGUGGCAUUGUGCCCUUGGCUGUCACUUUAGCAUCAGAAGCUGUUUUUGAAGCAUUUGUUGGAGAUUCAAAGCUCCAGGCACUCUUGCACGGUCACUCUUACACUGCUCAUGCAGUGGGUUGUACAGCUGCUGUAAAGUCAAUCAAAUGGUUUAAGGACUCCAAAACAAAUCAUAAUCUGAUAUCUGAAGCCAUGCUGCUCAGGGAGCUGUGGGAUUUAGACAUGGUGAGACAAAUUUCCUUACUUCCAGCAGUGCAUAGAGUGGUUGUGUUGGGGACUCUAUGUGCAUUGGAACUUCAAGCAGAAGGCUCUAAUGCUGGGUAUGCUUCUCUAUAUGCUAGAUCUCUCCUUCAGAAGCUCCGCGAAGACGGAAUCUAUAUGAGGCCUCUUGGCAAUGUCAUUUAUCUCAUGUGUGGGCCUUGCACAUCACCUCAGAGUUGCAGCAACUUGUUAAACAAGGUGUAUUCAAGACUUGAGGAGCUCUAAACCAGUGAAUCUAUGCUCAGGAGUUCACUAGGGGUGGGCAUAACGGUCAACACAAAAUCCAAACUUUUUGGAUGUUUGGUUUAGAUUUUUGGAUUAUAGAUUAGACUUGGAAUUUUAUUUUUAAAAUUUAUGGAUUUUGGAUUGGAUAUCGGAUUUAAUAACUACCAAUUUUUGGAUA